CCCUUGCAUGGCGCCACCACGAGCGCUCUCCCCUCAUACACCCAUAGUCGUCCGUGAUGCGCGCUCCGACGCUGUGGUGGCGCAUUUCCUAGGCGGCAAGCCGGCCGGCGAGGUGUGCGACGCGUUGGAGCGUCUCACGGGGUCGCCGGGGUGUCUCGUGCUGGGGGAGAAGUCGUCGCAGGGCGCACCCCUCGUGCUGACUGAAUCGGAUGUGAUACAAUCGGGGACGUACCACUGGCGAGUGGCAAUAUCGAGGUCUUCCUCCCAACCCAGCUCCCAGCCACCGCAACCCCCUUACAGUCACACCCGCCACCGCAACCAUGAUUGGUCAUCCCAGCUCGCGGCUUCCGUACUCGCUAUACUCAUCCUCGGUUCCGGCAUCCAGCUGCUUAUCAUGCUCGCCGCCCUCCCCUUCUGCGACUACCGCUGGUCGUGCGCCUUCAGAUACUAUCGCGCGGUUAUCUCCUUUAUAGACGGACCCUUUAAGGUGUUCGCGUUCUUUGCUGCCAUCCAGGCGGCCGGCAGAAACCCCGGCCGGUGGCUGUGGUUCGUGAAGCACCUUCGUUUGAAUCACACCCGCUUCAGUCACAUUCGCUUGGGUGCGUUGCAAGGCUGGGUGUCUCGAGUAUGGGGUGAGAGGAGCAGUGCGGCAGCAGCAGCUGGAGGAAGGAGGGAGGAUGAAGGAAGAGGAGGUGGAAGGGGAAAGGAGGAUCGGAGGGAUGCGGGAAGAGGAGGAGGGAGAGGAGGGAGAAGCGGUCGGGGUGGUAGAGGAGUGAGAAAAAGCAGCUCUAGUCCGUUCCAGGGAAAACGCGCAGAGGCAGGUUCUUCUGAGUUUACUCAAAAAGAGGCAGGGUCGGGAUCAGGCCUGGAGGGACGGGUAGGGUUUCGGCCCGUGCUUCCGGCUCCAUCCUGCGAUCUGUUUGAUCCUCCUGGUUCAUCGAGGCGUUUGCCGUCUUCUUCCUCUUCUUCCUCUCCCUCCUCGUCCGUUCUGCGAAGAUCGAGGUCGGAUGGCGGUGGUGGAGGAGACGCGAGCAAGCCCAAAGCAGACUGAGAAAUGGGCUGAACCUGGCUAUCCCGAUUACUGGUACCACCAGGGAGAAUUUAUUAAGCCGCUUGUAUUUUUGGGGUGGUACGGCACGGCACCUGUUCACGAAAGUGAUUGUGAUGCCAUGCCACUUGGACAGAUAGCGGUGCGGGUGGUCGGUUUACGAGGCUGCUAUGGCACAAGAACAAUGAAGGCAGAGGCGAUGACUGAAGGCCAAUCAAUCAACUCAACACUUAUUUUACACCGGCGUCGUUGAGAAACAUCAGCCUUCCUAUUCUAUGCUGUUUUUUGCUCGACAGGAGAGCACCACAGUGCUGUGAGAAAUCUCUUUGGGCUUUUCAGUACGAUACCAUAACUGAUCUACAGUAUCAUUUGCACAAGCAGCUACACAGUUUCCCAUCUACCA